CAGCCUCGUCCGCCACCGCCUCCCAACAACGGUCCUCCGCCACCGCCUCCCAACAACGGUCCUCCGCCACCACCUCCCAACAGCGGACCUCGCCCUCCACCUCCUCCUCCUCCUUUUUCCUAUCCACCACCUCGUCCCACUACAACUCAAGGUCCCUACAGACCUCCUACGACUCCCUGCACUCUUUAUCCAUAUCCUGGGAAUCCUUCUUCUCCUUGCUACGUGGCUACAAACAGGGAUAUGCAACUUGCUAGAAUCUUCGGAUUGAGAGAUUUGAACAAGGUGUUGGUUGCCAAUGAACAUCGUGUCCUUUUCGAGCCCCUCCUUUCAUCUUUCACCCCACCAAAUUGUUUUCAGACGGCGAUUGCAAACACCGCUUCAGUUACUUCGAAUCUGGCCAGAGUUGGUAGAGACUAUUCCAGCAAUAAUCUAUUACGGCAAAUUUCCAAUGCUCUACAAUCAAUCCAGUAUCUGUACUACGACUACGUGACACUCAUAAUGCUCUCACCAGCCAUAGCCCAAAUGGAAGCAGCGAGCACAUCGGCAUCGUACUACUGUAGACAGCAGCCUGUUUCGCCUGGUGCGCUGUCUAAUCUGGGGCAGAAUGCUCAAUCUUCUACCGAAAAUCCACCAUCGCCUCUCAUAGACGACAUUCGCGCUGCUUCUCCUCCGCCCACUACAACUCAAGGUCCUUUCAGGCCUCCUACGACUCCCUGCAGUCUUCAACAAACUUCUUCGGACUCUUCUUCUCCCUGCUAUAUAGCUACAAACAGGGAUAUGCAAACGACGAUUGCAAACACUGUCUCAAUCACUUCGACUCUGGCCAGAGUUGGUAGAGACUACUCAAGUGUCAACUUAUUACGGCAGAUUUCUAGUGCUCUGCAAUCAAUCCAGUAUCAGUACUACGAUUACGUGACGCUUAUAAUGCUCUCACCAGCCAUAGCCCAAAUGAAAGCAGCGGUAUCUAUUGGUUUGCUAAGAAGAAAGAUCUGUAGAAAAGAUUUAGUGCUAAACUAG